GUGGAACUCUCGCGCAGCCGCUCCGGACUCCCUAACAACCCUCUCCCGCUCCCUAGCCUCGCGCAGCCGCAGUAGACAUCGCACACGCAGCCGCCCCGGGGGUGGGGACUCGCUCGUGACUUUCUCACCCUGCGGGAGGGGCUGCUAAGCCGGGGCGGGAUCGGCGGCGCUUUACGGAGAUGUCGUAAAGCGUGCGCGGCUGGCUUUGGGUCAGGGCCGAUGAUUGCUUGUGAAAGGUGCCUGACAACUGAGGAGUCUGAAGUCCUUGCUCCACAGAAAAGGUGUUUCGGUUCUAAAAAUAUAGCAACAAACACAUACGUUGUCACUCAGCAAUCUUCACUGGUUUUGGAAACCUUUUCAUUUUUGGAAGUUGCCAGUCUGCAGACAGAAAGCAAGAGCCUGCCUAUCAGAGGAAGGGACGAGCACCAUGUCUAUACUGUAACAGACAGAUCCCGUGGCUCCAUGGUCUUUAAUUGAUGCUUUAUACUAGAAUUAUCCCUGUCUUGUUUUAAAGGUUAGUUUUAAGACUUAUUUCUAUACUCAAUUUUGCUAAAGAAAACAUGUCAUUUAUGCAUUUUUUUAAAAAACAUCUUUAGAGAGUGGUAAGUUUGGCUUGAUAACUGUUAUUAUAACUAACAAGAACAAGUUAGAGGCAGACUUAAAAUCAAGAAGUAGGAUCUGGGUGAUGCAAAGCUAUUAUGCUGCUUUGUGCUUAAAGCCCUUCAACCUUUUUGUAGGAAGACAGAAAUUUGUCAAAACAGGAUAUGGACCAAUUUGUCGGGGGGAUGAGGGAGUUAUCAACAUUAUUUAAUGCUCAGAUAAAGUUGCAUAUCAUAUUAGGAUUGUGAAUGUUUUAAUGCGCAAUGUAAGUACAGCAGCUUUGGAACUAAGAAGAGAGCAUGUUUUUAUUUAAGGUUCCUCAGUGACCUAUUCCAGUCUUUUGGAAUUAUUUAGGCAAGCAGAUCUACACCUCUAAUUUGGGCCCUUUGCAUUCUUUGGUCAAGUGGAUAGCUACUGUCUACUCUUUAAAGCAGCAAGAUUUGCCCUCAUGUAGAUCUCUACAUGAGAGUUUUAUAUCAGGGAAGGUUAUGCUACAUAUUUCAAGAACAGAUACAAAGAAACAUCUACUCAUAUGGGCAAUAUUUAACUCAAUGCUGUAUUGUUAAAUUUUUUAAGUGACCACAGGUGGCUGGUGGUGGCUUUUGUUUGUUUGUUUUUUUGGGGGGG